GUUACUUAUGGUUAAGGUCAGGGCUGGGUAGGGGUUAAGGUCGUCAUGCUGGGAUUAAAGUUUUCCCCACAGAAAUGAUUGGGGAGUCCCCCAAAGAUAUAACACGUAAGUACAUUGUGGGGACACAAUGUGAUAAAAUCCUGUCAUUUUGACGUUGUGGGGACCACCUUUACAGUCUCCACAAGGAGAAACUAAGUUUUACAAAAAUCUGUUGCUGUAAGCAAAUAUUGCCAAAAGUCUUAUAUUUGCUUGGUAUGGUUAAGGUCAGGGCUGGGUAGGGGUUGAGGUUGUCAUUGCUGGAAUUAGUGUUUUUCCCAUGGAAAUGAAUGGACGGUCCACAUACUGUAAAGAUAUGAAUACAAACAUUUCAGACAGCAUCCACUACUGGUUUGCACAUACUUUGCGUCUGACACCUCGUCAUGCUUGUGGAUGGAACACACCCAUUCUGUUUGUGUUUCUUGUUUGAAUCGCUCCUUGGUAGCUGUUGCCUGUUUUCAUCCAUAUAUAUUUUUCCUUUAUAGAAAUAUUUUACUUUUUGCAGCACAUUGAUAUAUUGUUGUUAGUAUUGUGUCGGAAACGAGUAAUAGAAGUUGUCUUGGAUCACAUCCAUGGUGACUAAAGCCGAUGCUUUGCCAGUCAGUCUUUCAUCACAUGGGGUUUUGGUGCGUAAGUAGCUCUCGCCUGUAGUCACAUGAAGCCGAGUGAGUUAGUGCUUUUGUGGAUAAUAGUUAAGUUGUUUGUUGUACUUCAGAGGAGUUUUUGGAGACAUACAAUGGAAUUGUAUGAAUGGUAUAAUAUAGCGACAAAUGGUUCAAAUGGAGAACGUGGAGGUAAUUUAGAUUGAAAUUUUAUUUGACGGAGGAAUUUUGGUUGCUAAACCUGAGUCACAACUGGUUAGGCUUCUUACAGUCUCUGUCAGAACUGAAGAUUUAUAUGACAUAUUUACAAGAAUAUUGUUUUUUGCUGUCCUUUGUAAAGAUACACACGUAGAAAGCAAAAACUCAGUCAUGAAGCCCUCAUGAUUGGCAUCUUGACUGUGGUCCAGGCUACAGAAGUAACGCAAAACUCAUUAAGUUAUGUAAUUGAUUUACCUUGAGGGGUUGCCUAAACAAAUCUGAUUUGAAAAUGCUGGUUUUUGACUAUACCUCCGGAAAUGGCUGUAAGCCAUAUGUCACCCCUUUACAAAGCGGUUGAUCUGAUUCAUAGUCAAAGUUACAAGUCUAAUUUCAUAGGGACAUUCUAUAGGAGCACUAGAAGGUCCCAGACUUUGCAUUCUAGUGAAAAGUUUAUGAAUGUCACAUUCUUUCUGCUAUUCAGACUAUUACACCUUAAAUAUUUUCACUGUAUUCACUACCUUUUUGUCCAAGUAGUUGCAAGGAUUACAUGAAUGACUGGGCAGGGAGUUGGCCUUACAGGACAGUGUCAACAAUUCAUCCUUUAUAGCACUUGGGUGGAUUUGAAGAACGGAGAGUGUAUCUCCAUCAGGGCCUCUACCAUAAGCAGGAGAAGUGAUGCCACUCAUGCGAAAUGAAAGUCCUCAGACAAAAACUGAGCCGAAGGAGCCAAUUUCAGAGAAUAAGCAGCAACUGCCCGAAGCCCCUUCGUCAUUCCAGAUGAUGAAGGCCAAACUCUUCAAAGUAGUCUCCUACUUUUCAGGGGACAUGAAAGUGUUUGGAGAAUGGAUGAAAGGGCAGUUUUUGCUACUGCAGAUUCUGGAUUGGGUGCUCCGUGGGGCUGCUCAAGUUAUGUUUGUCAACAAUCCACUCAGUGGACUGAUAAUAUUUGGGGGCCUGAUCUUACAAAAUCGCUGGUGGGCACUCAAUGGCUUUGUGGGCACCCUGUUUGCUACAAUAUCUGCACUCAUUCUCAGGCAAAACAGAGGGGCAAUAGCUGCAGGUUUGUAUGGCUACAAUGGAAUCCUAGUCGGCCUCCUAAUGGCUGUGUUCUCCGACAAGGGUGACUGGUAUUGGUGGCUUCUUCUUCCAAACAUCUUCAUGUCCAUGGCUUGCCCAGUUGUUUCAAGUGCCCUUGCCUCUAUCAACAGUAGAUGGGACCUUCCUGUAUUUACUCUGCCCUUCAACAUCCUCGUUUGUGUGCACAUGGUGGCCACAGGCCACUACAACAACUACUUCCCCCAAGUUCUAAUCCAGCCAACAACCUCCCUCCCUAACCUCACCUGGUCAGACGUGGAUGUGCCUCAUCUUUUCCGCGCAAUCCCAGUUGGAAUUGGUCAAGUUUAUGGGUGUGACAACCCCUGGACUGGAGGAAUUUUCAUCAUCUCUCUGUUUAUUUCCUCUCCAAUUACUUGUCUGCAUGCAACCAUCGGUUCUGCUGUUGGCAUGGUGUCCGGUCUAGCUCUUGCUGCCCCAUUUGAUAAAAUUUACUUCGGCUUGUGGGGAUAUAACUGUGUACUUGCCUGCAUUGCAAUUGGAGGGAUGUUCUACGCACUAACGUGGCAAGUUCACCUCCUGGCCGUGGCCUGUGCCUUUUUCUGUGCAUAUCUAAGCUCUGCUAUCUCCAAUGUGAUGGCCACUUUUGGACUCCCAGCUUGCACUUGGCCAUUCUGCCUCUCCGCACUCACCUUCCUGCUGAUAACCACGGAAACCAAAACAAUACACAAAUUUCCUCUGGCCAAGGUGACAUACCCAGAGAAAAACUUAUACUACUUCUUGAAGAUGAAAAAAACAGAGAAAGAGGAACGACACCAAAGGGAGGCAGAGGAGGCGACAGCGAAAGAAAAAGAGGACGUGUUUCGAUCUGAAAAUGAUGAAAAUGUCACGGACGCUAAAAAUGAAAAAACUGAAGAAACCUUUAAAGAAGUGAGAAUUGAUAUGAACCAAUCAGUCGUAACAUUUAACCAAGCUGCCUAAUAUUGAGUUGGUCCUCCUUGUGCCAACAGUUCUGACCUGUGAAGUCAUGGACUCCACAAGAAUUCUGAAGGUGUCCUGUAACAACUGGCACAAAGACAUUAGCAGCAGAUCCUUUAAAUCCUCUAAGCUGUGACUGGGGCCUCCAUAGAUACUGUAGAACUUACUUGUCCAGCACAUCCCACAGAUGCUCAAUUAGACUGAGAUCUGGGGAAUUUGGAGGCCAAGUCAACACCUUGAUUUCGUUUUCAUGUUCCUCAAACUAUCCAUCCAUCCAUCUUCCAAACCACUUACCCUUCUGGAGUUGUGGGGAGUCCGGAGCCUAUCCCGGAAGCUAUGGGCACGAGGCAGGGAACAACCCAGGAUGGGGGCCAGCCCAUAACAGUGUUACUCAAACUAUGCCUGAGCAAUUUUUACUGUGUGACAGGGUACAUUCCUGCUGAGAGAGGCUACUACCAUUGUCAAAUACCAUUGUCAUAAUGGGGUGUACUUGGUUUGCAACAAUGUUUUGGUAAAUGGUGUCAAAGUAAAAUCCACAUAAUUGAUCCCCAUGGGAAAAUUCUCUCUAUGUCUCCCUAAACUCUUUGUCUGGCCAAGGGCAGCCACCCAUAGCAGCACCCAGAGACCUUGUAGUUAAGGGCCUUGGUCAAGGACUCACAGCUAAGGCUAAGGCUAAGGCUGGGCUCAACCCAGCAACCUUCUGAUCACAGGUACAGAGGUUUAGCCCACUGAACCACACACUGCACCCAUGAAUGUCAGGCCCCAAGAUUUCCCAUUAGAACAUUGCACAGAGCAUCACACUUCUGCUGGCUGACCUUCUUCCCAAAGCGCAUCCUGGUACCAUCUCUUCCCCAGGUAAAUGAAGCGCAUGAACCCGACCAUAUACACGAUGGAGCAGAAAAUGUGACUCAUCAGACUAGGCCACUUUCUUCCAUUACUCCAGUUCUGACACUUACAUGCCCAUUGUAGACACUGGAUAAUCAGUGUCUUUCACUUCACCUGUAAGUGGUUUUAAUCUUAUGUCUAAUUAGCGUAUUUUAUUAAGAUGUUGCAAUACAAACGUCUGCAAAUUGCACUUCUGACUUCAUAUAGAGUGGUCUCGUCUUACCCCCCUUAUCUCCUCUUUCCACUUUCUGCAGUUUCAUUUAGCCAUGGUGAAACGCAGUCCAAAAAUAUUAAAUGGAAAAUUCCGUAAAUGAACAAUUGAACAGUUUUAAAUAAUAAUAAACGGACAGUAAUAAAUAAAUAAUAAUAAUAACAAUUUUUAAAUUGCACACUCUUUUCAGUAGAAUGAUAAAAUGUCCUGCCUGGAACAUGAAUCAUCCCUUUGUCCAUAAAUAUAUGCACACACACACACACACGCCGCUAUAUACGCAUAUAUAGGGUUCUAUUUGUAGUUUCAACCAUCUUCUGGGGGUCUUGGGACAUAUCCCCAGUGUAUAAGGGGAGGGAGUACUGCUUGAGCUAUUUAAAAUCUAUACGUACUUGAACAAUUACUGGGGGGCAGUGUGGCUAAGCGUGUUAGGACCCAGUGCCUGUGAUUGGACGAAUCCCAGGGUAGGCAGAGUACUGACACUAUCAUGCUGCUCAGCAAGGUUCUUACCCCCCCCCCCCCCCCCCCCACUUGUUUCAGGGACUGACUGACUCUGCUUUCUCUCAUAAAUGUGUGUCACUUUGGAUUAAAGCAACUGUGAAAUAAAUGUAACGAGUUAUGAAAGUUAUCAUGGUUACAUAAUUAAGCUUUACAAAGGGCAGCAUCAAUUUCUUUAUGACAGGUCACAGAAAUUACAACUUUACAAAAAACAUGUAAUGGAACGUUCUCCUCCAUUAUCAUCUCGCAGUCUUUCCCUCAUUCUUCCCAUUUCCCUAUUUUCAUAUAAUUCUGCAUUUAUUAUGUAAUAAUGUAUUGCAACAUACCCAUGGAAAGCGCCUUGGGAUGCCUGUUGUAAAGUGUAUUAGCACAUUUUAUUAGUGUAUUAAUGUAGUAUAUUAAUGUAUUAAAUUCAUGUAUUUUAUGUAUAAGUACCUUAUAUGCUAUAUUUCAUAAAGCACAAUAAAACUCAGUGGCACAGUA